GCGACUUUUGUUUAUCAAUCAAGUUGGAUAGUUUUAUUUUUGAUAAGUAAAUUAUCUCCGUUGUCCGUUGGUUGCAAAUAUGUUUGUAGACACACAUAAUCGCAAAUCAACUAAUAGAAAGAACAUGGUGAAGUGACAAAGAAAUCAUUUUAAGUGCAUCGCGACAAAUAACUGUACGUACUUGCAUGCAAAUCGCAAAUAUGAGUUUAUCAGACAUUUCGAACAAAUUCACUGAAAAAACUUUGGAUGAAAUUGUCCAAAAGGCAGGUGGUACCAAACACACUUCCUACAAAUUUGGGCCAGGUUUCAAGAAGGGCGAUUCUUAUCUAAGCAAAGUGUUUCGGCUUACUGUUGACGGCGUUAAUGAGAAAAAUGGCUCGGUCCUUGAAGUCCAUCUCAUUUGCAAAGGUAUGCCCGACAACGUCGCACGCAGAAAAGUAUUUCAUUCCGCCGACUUCUUCCGCAAUGAAAUAAACUUCUACACAAAGGUUGUGCCUGCCUGGGAGGCUUUCCAAGCCCGUCGCAAACCCACAAAUCCUUUUACCGAAUAUCCAAGAUGUUUUGCAUCACAUUGUGAUGGCGAAAACGAUUUCAUUGCACUAGAAAAUGUCAGUUUCCGAGGUUAUGGUGCACCAAACAGACAAGAUUAUAUUUCAUUGGAAGAUGCUUUGUUGACAAUGCGAACAUUGGGUCGAUUUCACGGUAUUUCUUUGGCUUUCCGCGCUUUGGAACCAGAAAACUUUGAGGCGGCAGCAAAAGGUUUGGAGGAAACCUACUACAAUGAAGGUAAACGUUCCUGGUACAUUGGCUUUCUUGGUUUAGCCUGCAAUGUAGCCAAAGAUGCUAUUGAAAAAACCUAUCCCGGCACUAAAUACGAAACUAUAGCUGCUAAAUUUUUACAACCUACACCGCUGUAUGACGAUCUUAUCAAGCUCGUAUCUGCAGAUUCUCCCUUAGCUGCUAUUGGACAUGGCGAUUGUUGGACGCCAAAUUUCUUAACUCGUUACUCAAAAGACAAUAGUCCAGAGGCAAUUAUAAUAAUUGAUUUUCAAUUGGCGCGUCGAGCUUCUAUCGCUUUAGAUAUAUCAUUCUUCAUAUACUCUUGUACAAGUGAGGAGCUGCGGGCGAGGCACUAUGAACAGCUAUUGAAAGAAUACCACCAAAGUGCUUCUGCACUCAUCGCCGACUUAGGCGCUGAUGUGUCAACUGUUUUGAGUUGGCAAGCAUUUCAAAAUGAGCUGCAACAUUUUGCUCGCUUCGGUUGUGGCAUGGGUAUUGAGUCACUGCCCAUGUCACUUAUCGAAGAUGAUGAAGUCGCCGAUUUGGAUGAUAUGAAGGAGGAUGCGGUGCUCACUGAUGUUUGGAACAUCAAACCGUUCAAGGAGCAAAGAAAGCGCGAACGUAUUGCACAGAUAUUCAAACAUGCCAUCGAUCAAAGCUAUAUAAAGAAUUAAAGUCACAAUAAGUACAAUAAAAUUGCCUAUACAUAUAUUUUUAGUCAAAAAUUGUAACAUUCAUUUUUAUUUUUAAUAUUACUAUAUGCGAAUUUAAAUAAAUACAUUUCUGUACAUAUUUUAAAACU